GGCAACACGAGGCGUUUCGGCGGCUUGCGGUCGGCAAAUAUUGAGGUGUUGUUUUCAUUUGGAUUGCCGAUCUCUGCCAUGUUUCACAGGCAAAUCUUGCUCUGCUCUCUUUCUCUUGUCUUCUUGGAGAACACUGGAUGACAAGUCUUUCGCCUUUAGCUUCCGUAGCUCAUCCAGAAACAGAGGGUGCUAAUUUGAGCAGAUAUUGACUUGCUGGGAAGGGAAGAAAUUGCAUUCCGAGGAAAAAGAUCGCGUCUUUCACUUUUUUCCCAGCAUCCAUGUACAGUUUAUGCGCCAAAGAUUUCAGCUUUGAGGCCCAAACCCUAUUCCUUUGCCCCCACCCCAUGUGAGUCCCGAGGAGGAAGGCUCCAAAGGUUUCAGCUUCGAGGACCAAACCCUUUUCUUUUGCCCCCACUGAGUCUUCAGGAGGAGGUUCCUUGUCUUUUCUUUUCGUCUGUCUCCUUGCCACCCGAUCCACUUCCACUUCCUUCAAAAGGGGGGGCAAUCCGUUCGUUCCUUUGGCCCGUGGGUUUUCUCCUUCUAUGUCCGCGUGAUCGGAGGAGGUUUGUGCCUGAGGAGCACUUGUUCUCUGCAACCAUGGUAAGGCGCCAUGGAUGGCAGCUUCCUGCUCACACCUUCCAGGUUGUUGCUAUAACAGUGUUCUUCCUCCUGGUUGUUGCAUUCUAUGCCUUCUUUGCACCGUUUCUUGGUAAACACAUCUUUGAAUAUGUUGCAAUUGCCAUUUAUACCCCUGUGGCAGUUGCAGUUUUUAUACUUUAUGUGCGUUGUACACGCAUUAACCCUGCUGAUCCAGGAAUCAUGUCAAAGUUUGAUAACAAUUCCAAAAUUCAACAAAGUGAUCAAACUGGAUUGCCAGGUGGGCCUUUAUCUUGUGAAGUUGAUAAUAAUGCAACUGAAGCACAUUCUUCUCCAGCAUCAGCUUCCAGAAGUUCUUUAGAUGGUUCUACUAAUAGAAAAUCUUCAGCUGUCGGAGAUGUGAAUACAAAUAUCUCAAUAAGUGUAGGAAAGCAAAGUUCAUCUUGCUGCAGCUUUGGAGGAUUUAUGUGUGCAUUAUUUAUUAAAGAAGAUUGCCGGAAACUUGAAGAAACUGACCAACAAGCUGGCGGCGAAGAUGCUUUAUUUUGUACUUUGUGCAAUGCUGAGGUGCGCAGAUAUAGUAAACACUGUAGAAGCUGUGAUAAAUGUGUGGAUGGGUUUGAUCACCAUUGUCGGUGGCUUAAUAAUUGUGUGGGGAGAAAAAAUUAUGUCACCUUUAUGGCUCUUAUGGCCACCAGUCUCAUCUGGCUUGCACUGGAAUGUGGAGUUGGUAUUGCAGUUUUUGUACUUUGCUUUGUCGAUAAGAACAGAAUGGAGAACGAUGUGGAGGAAAAGCUCGGAAAUGGUUUUUCUCGUGCUCCAUUUGCGACUGUUGUGGCUGUUUGCACUGCAGUUUCAGUAGUCGCAUGUGUACCUUUGGGAGAACUUUUCUUUUUCCACAUGAUUCUGAUUAAAAAGGGAAUUACGACCUACGAGUAUGUUGUGGCUAUGAGAGCGAUGAGCGAGGCACCUCCAGCAUCUGUUGAUGAAGAAGCACCAAACCCUGUCUAUUCUCCAACUAAUUCUUCAACAACUGGCUUAAGUGCUGGAAGUUCCCUUGGUUUCCAGUACAAAGGUGUAUGGUGCACCCCUCCAAGGAUAUUUGUUGAUCAGCAGGAUGAGAUUAUCCCACACUUGGAACCUGGAAUGGUACCAUCAACUGUAGAUCCAGAUGCAGCUGGGUAUGUGGAAAAGGCUGCCAAGUCCAAAAAGGCUGUUAAGAGAAAUCCUUGGAAGCUUGCCAAAUUGGACCCUAGUGAGGCCAUGAAAGCGGCAGCCAAAGCCAGGGCAUCUUCUUCAGUUCUUCGGCCCAUGGAUGCUCAUCGUGUGCUUGUUCCUGAUCUAAGUUCCAGUGUAAAUGCAAGCAGCAGGAGUAGUUUAAGCAUAGAGUACAAUGCUACUAAAGGAUCAAGAGGGGAACUAAAAUUAUCUCCCCUAGGAAACUCUUAUCCGCAAAGUAUUGCUAGCAAGGAUGAUUAUGAGACUGGAACACAAAGCACAAGCAGCCUGAGCAGUCCGGCUCAUACUCAUGAAUUGAUUGCCCCGAGCUCACUUCUUGUGCAGCAUUCGCUUCCUGAUCGACCUCCGCCAUAUAUUCCAGCAGGACCUCCUCCUGCCACCCAGCUCGCCAACACAAUGUUCCAAUCUGCCACAGCAAUGGCCAGGGAGAAUAGAAGGGCUUCUGUUGUUUGGGAUCAAGAAGCUGGUCGCUAUGUCUCGGUACCAGCAACUGCUAGAACUGAGAAUAGUGCAGAAGCCCCAGUUAAGGCUUUUUGGAUUCCCUUGCCUAUUUCUUCUGCGGAAACUGGUGCUUAUGGGAGGAAGGCUUCUCAACCUAAUGUUUCUACAUCAGUGACGCCUCCUCUACAGCAACAAGAGAGUUUAACCUACACUGGGCAGUCUAUUUUCUUUGGCGGGCCUCUUCUAAAUGCCCCUCUUAAAGAUACUAAGAGAAGCGAUGGCAGCACCGUAACAAGACCACCGGAAUCUGAGAGCACACCAAGUACGAGUCGCGACACAAGGGAAAGGGCACAAGCAGUGGACUCAUUCCCAGUGUUUGCUCCCGGAACUUUCCAGAGAAACCUUCCAUCUAACCCCAGGUGAUCCCUUCUCCUCGUCUGUGGCUUCAUCGUCGUUGGAACUUCCAAGUAGCUACGUCGAAAUUCUCUCUGGGAUUCUGAGGUAAUAAUGCAUCAGCGUGCCAUCCUAGAAGCUAAUCCUCCUGACAACAGAGCGAUGACAUAACUUGUUCGAUAGCACGAAACUUAUCGAGACCGAUCGCCUGAUCCUCAUGUUUGUCGUAACUUCGUCGGUAUCGGUGUUCAUUGGUGCUUUUUCUUGUCAUCAGCCACUUUCUCUAGGUAGUCACCAGUUGUAAAUUUCUCUGAAAACAAUGCUGUUCUGAUGUACACAUUUUUCACUUCAAUUCUCAAUUAAUAAGUUUAUUCCCUGAUUCAA